AUGGAUAACCGCCGCCAAAUAUCCACGCUGGUAAAUCUACCGGCGACUUGCAAGUCGCUGCUAAGAUCAUCUCUAAAGAGAUUACCAGCAAACUGCAAGUCACGUGGUGUCGGUAAUGCAGUUUCCUCGAUUUUGCCUGGAGAGGAUGACCUUGGUGUUGGCAGUUCGCCCAUUUGA